AUGUUGGAAAAGGUCGACUCGGUCACCUCCGCCAAGCCUGGCACGAUUGUGUCGGUCGAAGAGGUCCAGCUGCUUGUCGAUGCUCCCGAUGCCUUUGAGUACAUUUGCGCAACGAUCGAGACCGAGCUCCAGCAGCUGUCGACCUUGCGCGAUGAGCACCUCGUCGAGUACAUGGGUGUCACGUGCGCAGAGAAGACUCUGUAUCUGGUCAUGGAGCACACCGCGGGCGGCACCCUUUCCAAGGUCCUUCAAGAGUUUGGACGACUGCACCGGGCGAUCAUUCCGAGCUACGUGUACCGACUCGUGUGCGGUCUCCAGGCUCUGCACACCCAUGGCAUCGUGCACGGACGGCUCUCGGGCGCGGCUGUCUUUAUCAGUGCCCACGGCCGCCUCAAAAUUGGCAGCUAUGUCCCGUCGCUCGCCACAACACAGUACAUCAUGGAGCACCAUCCGGUCGCCGGCAAGCUCGUGACGCCGCUCGUGACGUCGUUGGUCGAUGGUGUGUGUCGGGACCUGCGCGCUGUCGGCUGGCUGCUUGCAGAGAUGCUCGUCGGGUCGCAGAUUCGGGGAAUCUACGUGGAUGGACCGCACAUUCUGGCCAUGGUCCAAGGCUUUCCAUUAGAACACGCGUUCCUAUCGACCCUCUUUGACGUCAUCUCGGACACGAUGCGCUGUCAAGAAAUCGGCGACUAUUCCAGUACGCUCUUGGGACACGCUUACCUUGAGCCCUCGACAGUGGCGCAGCUCCUGCUGGAGCCCGCCCCCUCACCGAUGGAAGAGCCAUCGGUGCGGCACGAGCUCGAGACGUGCCUCCGCCUUCGCAACGAGCUUGCGAUCGAGGUCGAAGCAUGGAUGCGAGAGUUUCAAGCGACGACGGGCCGGCAUCCCAAGCGAAAAGAGUGGCCGUCGGCGGUCAUGGACAAGCAAGUGCGACUUCGGACGCUUAAAGUGCGCCUCCAAGAGCUCCACGAGCAUGUUCAAAAGGAGGCAAUGGCGUCCAUGGUCAUCUGCGGCCGAGCCACCAACAAGGCGGCGGCGCGCACUCCGACCGCCGACAGCGCUCGGACGCGGUCAACGGCACAAGCUGCGUUCUUGGUGCACAAUUCGUCCAGCUCGCGUAGUACGAGCUUGGCCGUUGACAGCGAGGUCGACGAUAGCACCUACGACGACGACGACGAGGUCGCGUCGGGCCUGUCACGCGCCGCCAAGCAGCACGUGCUACACCAACGCCGAGAGGUCGCGCGCCUCACGUCGUCCUUUACUGAGCAUCCGGCCCAGUAGUGCCAUUGCCGGCAACUGCAAUGUCGGGUGGAAUUUGGCGCCAAAUUCAAUUAAAAUAAAAUAAAAAUCCAG